AUGGCAACAGAAUUUAUAAAGAGUUGCUGCAGAGGAUGUUUCUAUGGUGGAACAGAAAAGCACAACUUAUCUGUGGAAAGAGACUUCAAAGAAGCAGUAUCAAAUAGUCAAAAUACUGCUAUCUGUAUACCUCCAUUGACUUCCGUUUCUGUAAAGCCUCAGGUUGGCUGUACUGAGGAUUAUUUACUUUCCAAAUUACCAUCUGAUGGCAAAGAAGUACCAUUUGUGGUGCCCAGGAUUAAGUUAUCUUAUAUUCAGCCCAGGAUGCAAGGAACGCCUUCACAUUUGGAAGAACUUGAAGGAUCUGCCAGAGCAUCUUUUGGAGCUAGAAAGGUAGAACUUUCCAGUUCAUCUCAGCAUGGACACAGCUAUGAUGUAUAUAACCCAUUCUAUAUGUAUCAGCACGUGUCACCUGAUUUGAGUCGGCGCUUUCCUCCUCAUUCAGAAACAGCGAAACGAUAUGGAUCAGUUUGUGACUUAAGGACCAGUAGACUUCCAUUCAAUGCCCCUGGACUAAGCAAGUCUAUGUUUGAUCUUACAAGUUCAUCUCAGCAGUUCAUUCAGAGACAUGAUUCAUUGUCCAGUAUGCCCAGUAGUUCUUCUUCAAGGAAAAAUUCUCAGGGGAGUAACAGAAGCCUGGAUACAAUUACUCUAUCAGGAGAUGAAAGAGAUUUGGGGAGAUUAAAUGUGAAAAUGUUUUAUAAUUCUUCAGUAGAGCAGAUCUGGAUCACAGUUUUACAGUGCAGAGAUUUAAGUUGGCCCUCUAGUUAUGGAGAUAAUCCUACUAUUUCUAUAAAAGGAAUACUAACAUUGCCCAAACCAGUACAUUUCAAAUCUUCAGUCAAGGAAGGCUCUAAUACUAUUGAAUUUAUGGAAACGUUUGUAUUUGCUAUUAAACUCCACAGUCUACAAACUGUAAGACUUGUAUUUAAGAUUCAAACCCAAACUCCUAGGAAGAAAACUAUUGGAGAAUGCUCACUAUCACUCAGAACUCUUAGCACACAGGAAAUGGAUUACUCUUUGGAUAUAUCACCACCUUCAAAAAUUUCUGUUUGCCAUGCAGAACUUGAACUGGGGACUUGUUUUCAAGCGGUAAAUAGCAGAAUUCAGUUACAAAUUCUUGAGGCUCAAUACCUUCCAAGUUCAUCAACACCCCUGACUUGGAGUUUUUUUGUGAAGGUGGCAAUGUUUAGCUCGGGAGAGUUGAUUUAUAAGAAGAAGACACGCUUAUUGAAGGCCUCCAAUGGAAGAGUAAAGUGGGGAGAGACUAUGAUUUUUCCACUUAUACAAAAUGAAAAAGAAAUUAUUUUUCUCAUUAAGCUUUAUAGUCGAAGCUCUGUAGGAAGAAGACACUUUGUGGGGCAGAUUUGGAUAAGUGAAGACAGUAAUAACAUUGAAGCAGCGAACCAGUGGAAAGAGACAGUUACAAAUCCAGAAAAGGUUGUUAUCAAGUGGCACAAAUUAAAUCCGUCUUGA